AUGAAAUUCACACUCCUCACCACCCUCGCGCUCACCACACUCACCUCCGCCCUUCCACCGGACUAUGAAUACCGCCCCUUCGCCACGCCCGACCUGCCCCCUGCAAAACCCCACGUGGAUUUGAAUAUCUUGUGGGAAAUGUGCAGGAUGCUCACUGAUAGAGGGCCCGCGAGCCUGCCGCAUUUGGAUUUGAGUCCGGGUAUGUGUGUGCGGUUGGUUAAGCCGCUUUUUGGGUUUCCUUAG